AAGACAAAAAGAAGAAAUCAAAAAUAAAAACAAAGAAAAAGGAGACACAGGAGAAGAAGGAGGUGAAGAUGGAGGAGGAGGAUGUGUUAGAUUUGAUGGAUGAGGGGACUGUUAGUGUAAACAAAGACAUGAGUGAAACAAAGACAACAAAGAAGGACAGUAAAAAGACAGAAAGUAAAGCUGAUAAACAACAGGACACCUCGGUGAAAAAAUCUUCUCGUAGUGAGAAGAAAAUAAAAAAAAGAGAGACUCUUCGUCAAGCUCUAGUAGUUCGUCAUCAUCAUCAUCUUCAUCGUCUUCGUCAGGUUCUUCUUCAUCUUCAUCAUCUGGAUCAUCAUCCUCAUCAUCUGGAAGUAGUUCAUCUAGUAGUUCAGAUGAGGAAAUGGAUGAAGCAAAGAAAAAAGCUAAUUUGAAGAAAAAAAUGGAGAGGAAAGCUCACAAAAAAAGAAAACUUGGACAGCGAUUACAAGUCCAUAAAGAAUCUGAUAUACUAUGGCCCCCGGGUAAAUGGCGACUAGGCAAGGUCAUUCCCAAGGCUAAACAUGUAUUCAUGCGGUAUUCUACUAAAGCUGAUAAAAAAUUGAGAGGAGCAGAGAAAAGAAGUGAAUAUUACAAGAAGUUUGGAAACCCAAAUUAUGGAGGAAUGACAGGACUAAUCAGCAAUUCUAGGAAAAGGAAGAUGCGGGUGACACAGCAGCGUGAGGAAGUACAAGAGUUAAAGGCUGCCAUACAGGCCAAGCGUGCCACAAUUACUUACGACGAUGUCAACAUCUUUGGAGAUUCCUCUGUUACCGCAAAUGUGGAUAUGGAUGAAAUUGAGGAGUUUGGUGCUGCCAAGGAAGUGAAGCCAGACAUCAUACCCAGUCUAGCAGGCAAGCUUUCACUUCUGGACCAACACGAGAUGGAGGAGGGAGAGAUAGAAGACAGUGAACCAGAGGAGGUGGUACCGCCAGUCAUCCGGCAGCGGGAUGUCCGACCUCGGGACCAAAGGGAUGUUCGGCCAAGGGAUAUCCGGCCUAAGGAUGUCCUUCCACGAGAGGAUCGUCGUCAGAUACAACAGCAGCUUGACGAGGAUGAUGAUUUCCUAGAUCUCUCAGCUGACUCAAAGCCAGAGGUAAAAGAGGUUGACGAGGAGGCAGUAAUGAUGGAGCAGGAGCUGGACAUCCUCUUGGCCUCACCCCCACGGAAACGCAGCAUGAGGAUGUACGCUGAUGACAUUGAAGAUGAGAAGAAUGCAAAAAGUAUGAAGAGGAGCGACUUUGACCUGACAAUAUUUGCGGACCGUGAGACUGACAGAAAGGUUGGUCUGCUGGAGUACGAUGAUGAUGGUCCCUCGCCUCCACGUGUGCAGGACGCGCGACAGAAGAUUCGUAGUGCAAGCAGGACAUUUGGUGGAGCUCACAUGGAUGGGUCACCACGCAGGAGCGGUAAUGAUCUGCGUAGCAAACUCCAAAAACGGAAAAGUGAUGGCAAAGACAAUUCAAAAUAUCAGCGUAUGAGGAUAGAAGUGUAUGAUUGACCUGUGUGGUAUUUAUAGGACUGAAUAUCAGAGUGCUUCAGGAACUUGGUAUGUACAGGGGGAUUUACAUACAGACACAAGGUUUACUGUCUGAAUGUGUUUUGACAGUUGUAAAAUAAUUUACAAAGGAGACCUGUCUAAAUGGGCAAUGUCUACCGACAAAAAAUAUUUAAUGACAACUGGCAUUGUUGUGUAAUAAAUUGAUUUUACUUCGAAAGGGUUUUACAUUUUCCAUUGAAAAUGGAGAAUUUCUUUUAACUGAAGUUUUGUCACUAACUAAAAUGUGUUAGGUUUGGUUCAGUUUGUAAGACAUGUGAAUAACUUUGUAUGCUAGGCCACAAAUGCAUCCCAAUUUACAAUAUACCAGGUACAUCUCAUCUCGGUCACAAGACACUCAACAACUGGGAGUGCAUAGUUCAAAGGGUGAAUGACUUUUACUAUAUGCAAACUUUAUUUAUUCUAGAAUUGCAAAACAUGUUAUAUCAACUUCUAUCAACCAUGUGAAAUGUGGAAAAAUGUUCAAGUUUGUAAAUUACUUUAAAAUAAUGUAUGGAUGAAGAUAGGUGAUCAUUUAUUUUUAUUAACAAACAUAAGACAAAUUUUACCAUCUUCUGUAUUUAUGAUACAUGCAAAUGAUUCAAUACCUGUUUCGUUUCGUUAUCAGUUUCACGUACCACAUGUUUCCCAUAAUGCCUUGAUAGAAGAUACAUAGUGAGCUCAGCUAUUCAUCAGAAUUAAACACAUUAGAUAUAACUCCUUUGAAAGAACUUCAUUCUAAACAAAAAAUAUUUGGUUUGAACUAAGAACAAUUUGUGCAAGGUCUGUACACUGCGUCAUGCUACUGCUACUGUAGAAUUGCUUCUCAAGAAUCCUGUAUAAAUCUUCGAAUAGAUUUCUGUUUCAUAGAUUUAAACUAUAAAUUGAAUUUAAUUUCUUUCAAAAUUUGACAAAGCCACUUACCAGGCAUGACUGGUAAUAAGACACUCUAAAGUGCUUCAUAAUAGAUACAAUUAUACAAUCAUUAAAAUUAUGUAGGACUGCAUCGAUCAGGUCUCAAACUCUAGUCACUGGUUCAUGCCAGAUACUGUAGCACCCACCACUGUUGAUACACAGUAAUACAACUGUUGAAACACAGUAAUACAACUGUUGAUACACAGUAAUACAACGGUUGAUACACAGUAAUACAACUGUUGAUACACUGUAAUACAACAGUUGAUAUACAGUAAUACAACAGUUAAUAUACAGUAAUACAACAGUUGAUACACAGUAAUACAACUGUUGAUACACUGUAAUACAACUGUUGAUACACUAAUACAACUGUUGAUACACAGUAAUACAACUGUUGAUACACAGUGAUACAACUGUUGAUACACAGUAAUACAACAGUUGAUACACAGUAAUACAACUGUUGAUACACUGUAAUACAACAGUUGAUAUACAGUAAUACAACUGUUGAUACACAGUAAUACAACUGUUGAUACACAGUAAUACAACUGUUGAUACACAGUAAUACAACUGUUGAUACACAGUGAUACAACUGUUGAUACACAGUAAUACAACAGUUGAUACACAGUAAUACAACUGUUGAUACACUGUAAUACAACUGUUGAUACACAGUAAUACAACUGUUGAUACACUGUAAUACAACUGUUACAGUAAUACAACUGUUGAUACACAGUAAUACAACAGUUGAUACACAGUAAUACAACUGUUGAUACACAGUAAUACAACUGUUGAUACACAGUAAUACAACUGUUGAUACACUGUAAUACAACUGUUGAUACACUGUAAUACAACUGUUGAUACACAGUAAUACAACUGUUGAUACACUGUAAAACAACUGUUGAUACACAGUAAUACAACUGUUGAUACACUGUAAUACAACUGUUGAUACAAAGUAAUACAACUGUUGAUACACAGUAAUACAACUGUUGAUACACAGUAAUACAACUGUUGAUACACUGUAAUACAACUGUUGAUACAAAGUAAUACAACUGUUGAUACACAGUAAUACAACUGUUGAUACACAGUAAUACAACUGUUGAUACACAGUAAUACAAUGUAAUACAACUAUUGAUACACAGUAAUACAACUGUUAAUACACAGUAAUACAAUUUAGGAUAUAUGAAUUGUGUGUUUUAUCAUGUUUACAUUGGUUUUGUUGGUAGCUUCGGCAUGAUGUCUCGUGUAUAAUAAUUAAAGUAUGGUAAAAGAUUGGCAUUGAACCAAUCUAAUGCAAAAUAGUUGCUCACAAAUUCUCUCAAAAAUUGAAGUACAUGUCCUUGAUCAAUGCAGCUUGUGUAUUUUUAUGUAGCAUUUAAAGCAGGCGGUGUUAAGAUUGGACAAAUAUUUAAAUGUCUUGAUCACUAUUAUGAGGAAUGUAGCCUCUAAUUUUUAAACUCUCAGUUUUAGGCAUCUUUUAAAGAUGUAGAAUUCUUUUUAUGAAAAGGACGAGAUAAACAGAGAUUUUAUUACAAGACAUUUUGUGUGAUUUUCUGUUUUUAAAGCAUUAUUACAAUGAAUUUCUAAUUGUUAUGAAUAAACAAGAGGUCCACUGACCUAAACCACA